AUGUCGUCCAUCCUGCCCUUCACCCCCCCGAUCGUGAAGCGCCUGCUGGGCUGGAAGAAGGGCGAGCAGAACGGGCAGGAGGAGAAGUGGUGCGAGAAGGCGGUCAAGAGCCUGGUGAAGAAGCUGAAGAAGACGGGGCAGCUGGACGAGCUGGAGAAGGCGAUCACCACGCAGAGCGCCAACACCAAGUGCAUCACCAUCCCCAGGUCCCUGGAUGGUCGCCUGCAGGUGUCCCAUCGGAAGGGGCUCCCCCAUGUCAUCUACUGCCGCCUGUGGCGAUGGCCGGACCUGCACAGCCACCACGAGCUGCGGGCCAUGGAGCUGUGUGAGUUCGCAUUCAACAUGAAGAAGGACGAGGUGUGCGUGAACCCUUACCACUACCAGAGGGUGGAGACACCAGUUCUACCUCCCGUGUUGGUGCCGCGCCACACAGAGAUCCCGGCCGAGUUCCCCCCGCUGGAGGACUACACCCAUUCCAUCCCCGAGAACACUAACUUCCCCGCCGGCAUCGAGCCCCAGAGCAAUAUUCCAGAGACCCCGCCCCCCGGCUACCUGAGUGAAGAUGGAGAAACCAGCGACCACCAGAUGAACCACAGCAUGGAUGCAGGUUCCCCAAACCUCUCCCCGAAUCCGAUGUCCCCAGCACACAAUAACUUGGACCUGCAGCCAGUCACCUACUGCGAGCCGGCCUUCUGGUGCUCCAUCUCCUACUAUGAGCUGAACCAGCGCGUUGGGGAGACUUUCCACGCCUCGCAGCCGUCCAUGACGGUGGACGGCUUCACCGACCCCUCCAACUCGGAGCGCUUCUGCCUGGGCCUGCUGUCCAACGUGAACAGGAACGCGGCGGUGGAGCUGACACGGAGGCACAUUGGGAGAGGCGUGCGGCUCUACUACAUCGGAGGGGAGGUCUUCGCAGAGUGCCUCAGUGACAGCGCUAUCUUUGUUCAGUCUCCCAACUGUAACCAACGCUACGGCUGGCACCCUGCCACCGUCUGCAAGAUCCCCCCAGGAUGCAACCUGAAGAUCUUCAAUAACCAGGAGUUCGCUGCACUGCUGGCUCAGUCUGUGAACCAGGGCUUCGAGGCCGUCUACCAGCUGACGCGCAUGUGCACCAUCCGCAUGAGCUUUGUUAAAGGCUGGGGAGCCGAGUACAGGAGACAGACAGUGACUAGCACCCCCUGCUGGAUUGAGCUGCACUUGAACGGACCUUUGCAGUGGCUGGACAAGGUCCUCACACAGAUGGGCUCCCCCAGCAUCCGCUGUUCCAGCGUGUCCUAGAGGUCCUGAGCACGCAGGGGCAGGCAGGCUCGCUUGCGACAGUGGCCAGGGAGGAGACGGAGACCGGAACUCUACUCAGCCUGCUCGUGCCAAGGAAGAAGUAUGUUUUCUCCCUCAACUAAGGUGACACCAGCCUGUUCUUGCGAAGCACAGAAGCAAAGAUUUUACGAACAGUGGUGUCUGCCGAACCCGUGUGCCCUCGGCCCCAGUUUGAAGGACAAGAAACAGCUUGUGUGCUGGUGGCAUGAGCGAACAGGUCCUGUUCAGCUGCCUGGCCUUCCCCCAGCCUCCUGUUCAAAGGACAGCAAUCUGGGAUGUCAGAGUCCAACAGCAAAGCCCCUCUGUCCAGGGCCGGGGUGUGGAAUCUACCUUGGAAGGAAGUUCCGGCUCUCUGGCACGUGUGACAGACGGACACCUCUCUAUAUGUGCAUUUCCAGCCAAGCCCCUCUGUGCGGGCAGAGUGGGGAGCCUGGCGACCUCUCCGCGUGGCGGGGAGCGCCCCACUGGCUCUCUCCUUUCUCCAAACACUGAUUGGUGAGACAAAUGUGUUCAGCAGGAUGUGGUGCAGCCGUCUCUUCUUCCGGAAGCUCUCUGUUCUUUCUCCCUCGGAGCGGUUGGAAGGAUCUGCCGAGGCUCAGCGUGUACGCAGUGUAGUUUAUCAUACUGAUCUCAGAGAUUUGAGUGACAUUAAGUGUUCCCGAGAGGCAAGGGCUGAGCGACAUCGUGCUGGGGGCAGCUCCGGCACCAGAAGUACUUGCUCCAUACAGUCAUGCACAUGGCUGUGUUGGUUUAGUAAAUCAGUUGCAUUAAGUAAAUCAACUUUAUCAUAUGCUCUUUUAAAAGUUUUAUAUUAAAAAAAAAAAUUCUGGGUAGGCACAUUGACUGGGAAACCGGAGGAAAAGCCAGCACACAACUAUUUCCUCCUCUGCCCCAAGGUGAAGCUCUGCCAGGUUUAGUGGAGGAGCCACCUGCCAGCACGUUGGGAAGUUGGAAUUCACAGAAGCAAAUGCACCAGAAGGGAAACAUCUCAGGCCAACAUACGCAUAUGAAAGGGCUAUUAAAUUUUUUUUAUACCUUUGAAAAUUGCAGGGUUGGUGUAAAGAGGUCUGUCAUCUCCACCCUGGGAUGGAAGAUUAUCUAGCUCACCGCGGAGGCCCAUCAGCGACAACCAUAGCAGUGAUACUGUGUAAUAAGUACUGCUCCCAGUGGCAAUUAGGGAGAAAACUGGUAUAAAUUAUUUCAACUGGAAAAAAAAAAGACAGAACCCUCUCUCUUACUGGCCUUUUGCAGAAUACAGCAGACAGGAUUGACACCUGCAAAUGGUACUUUACUCUUUGCUGCUUUUUUUUUUUUUUUUUAAAUGAAAGGACUUCUCACAUCUUUGCAUGGAUUUAUACCAGAAAAAAUAAAAGGAUUUCCUAUGGAAGUCCCGUCUUAUUCCAGGUGAAGGGAAGAAAGUGUAACUUUUGGCAGGUUCUGAACCUCGAAUGUGAUGCAAUUUCUGAUGCUCGAUGCAGACUUGGGCCACUCGCUGGUGCCCCGCCUGCAGGGCCCUGUGCCCCGCGGGUGGAGCCGUGAGAUUUCCAGGUAGGAGCACUGCUCCCCGAGCCUCCUGAGGACACAGGAAGAGAAGGAAGGAGCGCCCUGCCAGGCCUGUGUGCAUCUUCCCGCGGGGAAGCUGACCCGGAACUCAGUGAGGCUAUGAAACUCUCCACUUCCUCUGCAGCCCUAACUCUUCGGACCUGGCUCGAUGCUCUGAAGACUGCCGCUUGCAAACACGGGAAGUCCUCUGAUCCUCCCGGAUGUGCAUUUGUGUUCCUGGUCAGUUCUGAGACCCAGGGCGAGAACGCGGAGUGAUCACAGUCCCUCUCCUGAAAGCCACGGGCAGCGGCCUCUGAGGGCCUGGCUUCCUGGGCACGCAGUCAUCCUCCAGGCGCGUGGAAUCCAGCUUCAGGGACAGCCCAAGCCUGCAGAGCCAGGGCUCAGGUUGGGCUGUAUUUGGAUGGCGUCUGAACUCUCAGCGCUCAAAUCUGAUGGUUGCUUCUAGGAGGCAUGAGGUUUGGAUUUCGUGUUUUUCCCGAAGGCUGUUUCCUUGGCCCGUUCUCUUCGCAGACCACUGGAGGAGGAUGAAUUAUCGUAAGCAAGCUGCCCUUGGCAUCACUGACAGGAAGUUCGGGCAUACUCAGAGGCUGGCCGGGCCGCUGCUCCUGUCACUCAGCAGCAGAGGUCUUUCGGGCAUGUGUAAUUAGUGUCCUUUCUUCGUGUUAAAUUCUGUUGUACAAAUGGCAUUUAUACAUUUAAAAACUUUUUAAAGGUGGCUGUUCGAUAGCAGUUUUAAGUAUGGUUCCCUCAGGCCACGUGACUACCUGUGUGGACAGACCCCAGCCCUGGGCCUGGGGCAGGGGUCCUUGUCUCUGCCUGAGGAGCCAACGUUCAGUCCUUGUCCUCCUCCGCCCUGCGCGUCACCGACUUCACUUCGUAGUGCAGAGCCUGGCAGUGCACGCUCGGGAGCCGCUCGGCAGGGUUGGGUUACAGGCCUGUGCCCACACGUCGCCUCGGCCAGCCACCUUCCUGCCAGGCUGCAGUGGGGAGACCCGACGUUUUCAGAGGAGCCGGGAGUCAGGAGCAGAGACUUGGACUCUUAGGAAAAACACGAGGGCGAGGCUGCUGGCAGACUUUUCCAUUGUCCUGAUGUUGUCUGUGUUGUAUUUUUUUUUUUUAACUGACCAUGGUGAUUAUUUUUUAAAAUUGUUAAUGUAUUGAAAUGAGCUGUAGCACACAUCAUGUGCGUAGUUUGUUUUGUUUUUCUCCAGCUCCCCCUUGGCUUCCUAGAGCUUGGACAUACUCCAGGACUAAAUGCUCUUCCCCAAACCGCAGGCAAGGGUUUUCCCUAAGCAGCAUGUGCUUGUCAGGCGCGGACAUGAGCCUCAGGGGAGAUGGCCAACGCUGGAUUUCCUUCUCGGCCCACAUUGCCCCUUCUGAGGCUCCGAGUGCGUCUCCUCGAGUCUAAAAGGAGCGGCGGGGAAAGGAACCCCGCUGCGCGUGGGACUGCUGUUUACUAAGGGGGCGGCGGCGGCACAGGCUUCGCCUAGACCCGCUUUCUUACUGUGUGGUUUUACGUGGUUAGAGCAGGGGCCCUCCCCAAAUCCCCACGUCUCCCCUUUACUAGAAGAAAGCCAGAACAGCUAGCCAAGUGGUACCGCUUUCCUUCACGUGGCAUCGACGACCCCUCACGGAAGUCUUGAGGAUCUUUUCUCCGAGGGAGCACUGGCUGUCUCGGGUGGGCGGAGAGCAGAAAGACAUUCGCCACACAGCGUGGGGCACAAAGCCGGGCGCGGUAUCCCUCCCGGGAGGUGUCAGUCUGGGACACCCAGGCGCACACAGAAACACAGCUUUCAUGGGAAGGAAACUUGCAGUUCAUGUAACUGGAUUGAGAAAUUCUUAGUGAUUCCAUCAUUGAUUAUUAUUUUUUUUUAAUGCAGAAGUAAUGUAUACGCUAGCAUUCUGGUGUUUUUAUAUUUAUGUAAUAAUUUCUUAAAACCAUUCAGACAGGUAACUAUUUAAUUUUUUAAAAGUACAUGUGGAAAGGUGUCUCCUCCUAAGGACAGUGGCUGGAAGGGGCGGGGCGCGGCCAGUUCUCGGUCUUGGUGGAGGGUGUAGGAGCUCUUCGGGUUUGGCAUCGGAAGCACCGAACCCGGCUGGCUAAGCAGGCAGCUCCGAGUCAAAUCUGGGCCCUCUGACAGGGACCUUCGCUCGGGGUCAGAGCUUCCCCUGGAGAGACGGAGCCGUCUGUGCAGAGCCGCCUUCCCUCACCCUCAGUGCCUGGCAUCAGCCCCGCGGAGCCUCGUUCUGGUGUGCGGGAGGGGACUAGGACAGGGAGGAGGAUGCCGAUUCCCUUCGCUAUUCAACCAGUCUUUUAAUCUCUGUAAAAAGCAUGUAUGUAUUUAUAGUGUUUUAGAUUUUUCUAACUUUUGUAUCUUAAAAGCAGAGCACCUGUUUCAGCAUUGUACCCCCCUUGUUAAAGAUGAUUCAUGUUGUCUCUUCCCUCCUUUUGCUCUUGUAAGUGCCCUUCUAAUAAACUUUUCAUUGAAAAGCUCCUA